AUGGAUGUGUCGGCUUGGAACGAAAAGCAAGACACUGAUAACCAACGCGUCAUCAUCCACGUUAGAGACGUUAAUGACGAGCCUCCUUACUUUAUCAACCGUCCGCUGCCAAUGCAAGCCGUAGUACAACUCAACGCGCCUCCAAACACUCCAGUAUUCACUCUACAGGCCAGGGAUCCGGAUACGGACCACAACAUCCACUAUUUCAUCGUCAGAGACCGGACAGGCGGCCGAUUCGAAGUCGACGAACGUUCCGGUGUUGUCAGAACCAGAGGUACGGAUCUCUUCCAACUGGAUAUGGAGUACGUUCUGUACGUCAAAGCUGAGGAUCAGAAUGGAAGAGUGGACGACAGACGGUUUCAGUCCACACCUGAGGAGAGGUUGUCCAUUGUUGGAGGCAAGCGAGCUCCGCAAUUCUACAUGCCUAGUUAUGAAGCUGAAAUACCCGAAAACCAAAAAAAGGAUUCAGACAUCAUAUCAGUAAAAGCUAAAUCCUUUGCCGAUCGUGAAAUCCGCUAUACUUUGAAAGCUCAAGGCCAAGGCGCUGGCACAUUUAACAUUGGACCUACGUCAGGAAUCGUAAAGCUGGCCAAAGAGCUUGACUUUGAGGAUUUAAGACAGCCCCAUGUCUAUUCUUUAGUGGUGACAGCUACUGAAGAUUCUGGAGGAUUUUCUACGUCCGUUGAACUAACCAUAAGAGUUACCGACGUUAACGAUAACGCGCCCAAGUUCGAAUUACCAGAUUACCAAGCCCAUAACGUCGAUGAAGAUAUCCCACCUGGUACAAGCAUACUUAAAGUAAAGGCUAUGGAUGCCGAUAGCGGUACUAACGCUGAAAUAGAGUACUUAGUAUCAGACGAUCAUUUCAGUGUGGAUCCUAGCGGUAUAAUCUCGAACAACAAACAGCUCGAUGCCGAUAACAACAACGCUUACUACGAAUUCUCAGUGACGGCUAAGGAUAAGGGGGAGCCGGCUAAAACUGGUACAGCGACUGUGAGGGUGUACACCAAAAAUAAGAACGAUGAAGAACCGAAGUUUUCGCAGCAGGUAUACACGCCUAACGUUGAUGAAAACGCCGGUCCCAACACUUUGGUGACUACGGUGGUGGCGAGUGACAAGGACGGCGAUAACGUUCGGUUCGGUUUCGUUGGGGGCGGUACAAGUUCGGGUCAGUUCGUUAUAGAGGAGAUCACCGGUGUGAUAAGAUUGCACAGUAAAGGUAUCACGUUGGAUCGUGACAAGUACGAGUUGAAUGUGACAGCGAUGGACGAUGGGGCUUGUUGCGCCAACGGUGACACCACCAUACACACCAGCACUGCUGUUGUUGUGGUGUUUAUCACCGAUGUUAAUGAUAAUAAACCUAUAUUCAAAGAUUGCGGUACCUAUUACCCUAAGGUUGAAGAGGGGGCGCCGAAUGGUUCUCCUGUUAUUAAAGUACAUGCCACAGAUGAGGAUAAAGGUGUUAAUGGGCAAGUUAAGUACUCUAUAGUGCAACAACCUAACCAGAAGGGUACUAAGUUUACUGUGGACGAAGAGACAGGGGAAGUUUCCACGAAUAAAGUUUUCGACAGGGAAGGAGAUGAUGGAAAGUUUGUUUCUGUUACCGUUAAGGCUACGGAUCAGGGAGAACCUUCGCUGGAAGGAGUGUGCUCGUUUACAGUGGAGAUAACUGAUCAAGAUGCCAGUAUAGGGACGAACAUUCUAAGAGUGUCAGCUAGUGACGAAGAUGCUGAUAACAACGGGGCCAUAAUAUACACGUUAAGUGCUGGAUCAAAUCCGGCGGAUCUCGAGUAUUUCGAGAUCCAGCCUGAAUCCGGCUGGAUAGUUCUUAAGAAACCUCUGGACCGCGAGACCUACAAGCUGGAGGCCACCGCGCAAGACAAAGGCUAUCCUCCCCUCUCCCGAUCCGUGGAGGUCCAGAUUGACGUUGUGGACCGCGCUAACAACCCCCCCGUGUGGGAUCACGUGGUCUACGGGCCCAUCUUCAUCCGGGAAAAUCUCCCGGUCGGCGCCAAAGUGGUGUCCGUAAAGGCCAGGUCUGUCACCUUACCUAAGACUUCAGCUACCAAACGCAGUAGACACCUAAACGAUGAUUUAAAGAAAGAACUAUUUCAUUCUGGUAUUGAGAAUAACCCAACGGUUUUCUACCGAUUAAUGCCUGGAUCUACCGCACAAACCAACAAGUUUCACACGUUUUAUCUCCAACAAAGGCCCGAGAACGGUUUCACUUGGGCUGACAUCAAAGUCAACCAUCCUUUGGACUAUGAAACUAUCAAAGAAUACAAUCUUACGAUUCGUGUGGAGAAUAAUGGAGCCCAACAAUUGGCUUCUGAAGCGACAGUAUACAUCCAACUUGAAGAUGUGAAUGACGAGAUUCCUUUAUUCACAGAAAGGGAACAGGAAACUGUUCUUGAAGGAGAACCAAUUGGUACCAAAGUGACGCAAGUUAAUGCCAUAGACAAGGAUGGAACCUUCCCCAAUAACCAGGUUUAUUAUUAUAUUGUGGAUUCGCCGCGGAACGAGGGAAAGGACUUCUUCGAAAUCAAUAAGGAGACGGGUGAAGUUUUCACCAAAAUCGUUUUCGACAGGGAGAAGCAGGGUGCGUAUGCUUUGGAGAUUGAGGCGAGAGAUGGCGCUCCUUCCGCACGUCCGAAUCCUUAUUAUCCUUUUUCGGGCCGGGAGGUGAAACAAAGCGCCGGGGACGAUGAUAAAAACGUCGAGAAAUCAAAUAUUUCGUGCCCGCGAGGAGGCGAGUAUCGCAACGGAAGGUCCCUUUGA